UUUUAUUCCGAGCCACGUUUAAAGAAAGAGGUAUUUUCAACAAGACAACACAGUUAACGUGCGAGGUUUGCGUGUGUCGUAAGAAUCUCGAGGGAGAGUCCAAAGUUGGACCUUCUUUCAUCUGUUAAACAGGCUAGUAUUUUCAUCAACACUACAUAGAGGGGCUUACAAUAUCUCACAACUUUUUCCCGUGGCUCCCUUUUCGACUUGUUGGACUGGAUAUUAUUUACUUUGGGACUAGUUUCGUGAAUCGGAUCCGGCGGGGCUCUCUCUAGACACUCUUUACUCUCUCUUGAGGCUCAUUUGGAAACGUGCCUCACAUAACGAAAUCACUCAUAUUCGCUAUAGAGGAACGGGCUUUAGCGUUUGUUGAGGGAAUUAAAAUUUUCCACCCGAGAUCAGUUGGAAACUAUAAAAGACAAACUGUUCGAGGACGAUUUUCUAGGACUUCAGAGUCUUCACCUUAUUGUAAUCGAAGUAUACCAGCGAGGAUACGAAGGCAUAAGAGCUAUGCCUCAAAAAGGGAUAUUUUAAUAGAGUGAAGCAGAUGAGAGUCUAAAAAUUGUUUUAAGCGGACAGUCAACUCUGUUUCCAGAAUACUACAACCGGGCCACGUGGGAGUCUGGCGUCGCGUCCAUGAUGCAAAACAAGGUGUAUGACAUCUGUAACGAAGGUCACAGUGGAGUGAACCAGCUCGGCGGUGUGUUCGUCAACGGCAGACCGCUGCCAGACUCCACGAGACAGAAAAUAGUUGAACUCGCUCACAGUGGCGCGCGGCCGUGUGACAUAUCCCGGAUUCUGCAGACCCAUGCUGAUGCAAAAGUCCAAGUGCUGGACAAUGAAAACGUGUCGAACGGCUGCGUGAGUAAAAUCUUGGGUAGAUACUAUGAAACGGGCUCCAUCAGACCCAGGGCGAUCGGAGGAAGUAAACCACGAGUAGCGACUCCCGAGGUGGUCGGCAAAAUUGCCCAGUACAAGAGGGAGUGUCCGUCAAUCUUCGCGUGGGAAAUCCGAGACAGGCUUCUAUCAGACGGGGUCUGCACAAACGAUAAUAUACCCAGUGUGUCAUCGAUAAACAGAGUACUGCGCAACCUGGCUAGCGAAAAGCAACAGAUGGGCGCAGAUGGCAUGUAUGAAAAGCUGAGGAUGCUGAACGGUCAGACCGGCACGUGGGGGACCCGGCCGGGAUGGUACCCCGGUACCUCAGUGCCAGGGCAGCCCAAUCAAGAUGGCUGCCAGCAAUCAGACGGAGGCGCUGAGAACACAAACUCAAUAAGCUCCAAUGGAGAGGAUUCCGAUGAGACCCAAAUGAGGCUUCAGCUAAAAAGGAAACUGCAAAGAAACCGCACAUCUUUCACCCAAGAACAAAUAGAAGCACUUGAAAAAGAGUUCGAGAGAACGCACUAUCCUGACGUUUUUGCAAGAGAGAGACUUGCUGCGAAAAUAGAUUUACCAGAAGCAAGAAUACAGGUGUGGUUCUCGAACAGGAGAGCAAAAUGGAGGAGAGAGGAGAAGUUAAGAAAUCAAAGAAGACAAGCCAGUAACUCUUCGAGUCACAUACCCAUCAGUAGCAGCUUCAGCACUAGCGUUUAUCAGCCAAUCCCUCAGCCCACCACGCCAGUAUCCUUCACAUCAGGAGCUAUGUUGGGAAGAUCGGACACAGCCCUCACGAACACAUACAGCGCCCUGCCACCGAUGCCAAGCUUCACCAUGGCCAACAACCUUCCUAUGCAACCCAGCCAGACAUCAUCCUACUCCUGCAUGUUGCCCACUAGUCCUUCAGUGAAUGGGCGGAGCUAUGACACAUACACCCCCCCACACAUGCAGGCACAUAUGAACAGCCAAUCAAUGGCCACCUCAGGCACAACCUCAACAGGUCUAAUCUCGCCUGGAGUGUCUGUACCAGUCCAAGUGCCAGGCAGUGAACCAGACAUGUCCCAGUACUGGCCCAGACUACAGUGAGAACAAGACACACGAGAACAAAAAAAAAAAAAAAAGAGAGAGAGAGAGAAGGAAAACAGAGGAGAGGAAAAGAGAGAGGAGCUUCUUAACCUCCUGACGUCUUUCUGCUUCAAGGCAGGGCUAUUCAGCAGUAUUUAAGUGUGGAAGGAAAAGAGAAGACUCUGAAGGACCUUUUGUACUGGGAUAGUGCCACUUCUCUAUCAUUCUUUGGACACAAAGACUUGAAGAAUAAAAGAGAACAGACUUCUGUAAAGUGCCCGGUAUUAUAUCGUAAAAUGAAAAAAAUGAAGAAAAAAAAAAAAAAAAUCUGUUUUUCAGUUUCCAACCUAAGUCAUUUUGAUGUAUUUGUACAUGUAAUGGCCAAUUGUAUGUUAUGACAAAAAAAAAAAAAUGAACAACUGUGGAUGGACUGUCAAACCAAGUUGGUCUUACAUCGGUGAGAGGAAGAUCAUUUGUGCAGGCUUAUUCUUCAUUCUUUUUUCAUCAUCAGCUGAUAUCAAGAACUGCCCAUUUCUGUUUCAAAUGUGGACCUGUAGAAAACAAACAAUCUCUGUAUCAUUUCAAGACAAAAAAAUAGCAACAGAGCUCAAAGGAAGCCAAUCCAGAACUUGGUUUCCAAAGCUUGCAGACAAAAGUAAGCUGUUUGUUGAACAUGGCGACUGCUGAACCGGAGGAGGAAAAUGUUUGGUAGUUUAAAACGGUAGAUUGUGUCUUCGGUAUAAUUCAGUUUUGCUUAUGUCAAAAUGUAAGUAUUUGUCUUCCCUAGAAGUCUCGCAGAACAAUUUCUUUAAUAAAAUUAAUUUCAUUUUAUAA